AUGAUUAAUCAAUACCUAAGAUCAAAUACUUUUAAAAAGUAUGUCCCCGAUUGGAUUUCAGUCGGAGUGCUUCUUAUAGUUUUUUUCUAUAUCGUUGAACCAGCAAAACCUUUCUUUAGACAGUUUAAAUUAUCCGAUCCAACGUUACAACAUCCAUUUGCUACGGUGGAAAGAGUUAGUGAUAAUCAACUUUACUUUUGGUCGGCAAUUGUGCCCAGUAUUGUAAUCAUUGCAGUCCAUAUCAGUCGGAAAAACCCAAUCCACAUCCUCAACUUAUCAUUGCUAGGACUAUGGACUUCGUUAUCGGUAAACGGAGUAAUUACUGAUAUUUUGAAAAAUUUGAUCGGUAGACCCAGACCGGAUUUUAUUGCAAGAUGCGGAGCCAACACCAAUGUUCCCCUUGACCAAUACAUCGAUAUUAGUUACUGUUCAUCUCCAUUGGGGCAAGUCUACUUACUGGACGGAAUGAAGUCUACUCCUUCGGGCCAUUCGCUGAUUUCUUUUAGUGGGUUACUUUUCCUUUCGUUAUGGUUAGGUAGUCAAUUCCAAUGCAAACCUAUCGUGGGUAAUAUAAUCACUUGUUCACCAAUUUUACUCGCGUUUUAUAUUGCAUUAUCAAGGACUCAAGAUUAUAGACAUCAUUUUCUUGAUAUUGUAAUGGGCGGGUCAAUUGGUAUAGUCAUUGCU